AUGCCUCCAAAGAGAGCGCGAAGGGGCUCGCCCGCCGCUGAACGUCGCGAGCGCUUGACCUUGGCUAAGCUGGCCAGCUAUGACGAUGUCGCAACGGAUGCGCUAGUGGAUCACGCUUAUUUCUGGACCACUACCCGCAAGAACCGCACGAAAUACAGCCCUGCCCGCGGAAUCCACGAUGACGAUAUUGGGCGCAUUCUUCUCCACAAUGUCAUUGUUGACAAGGACAUCCCGACGGCCGAACGCAAGUUGUUGGAAAUCUCGGGCUUAAAGAAAUAUGUGGCAAACCUCCAUAGCCCUCGAGAGAAGGAGUGGUUCCGCCGACACCUCCGCAAGUAUAUUCAGAUGUAUCUUCCAGACUGUCCGUUCGAGGUCACUACGACCAAUCGAUACAUUAUCACGCAACAUGAAGCAGCGAUCUGCGCUCGCAGGUUUAUUAAAAAGGGCGAGGAGAUCAAACACCUGAGCGGAACGCUUGUGUCUAUGACCCAUGAAGAAGAGUUGGAUCUCGGCUUGACCCGCAAAGACUUCAGCAUCGUGAUGUCGAGUCGCCGUAAAGCUCCAUCGUUCUUUUUGGGUCCUGCUCGUUUUGCCAAUCAUGAUUGUGAUGCCAACGGCAGCUUGACAACCAGGGGCAAUGAGGGCAUGUCUGUCGUAGCCAUGCGCGACAUCCACGAGGGGGAAGAGAUCACAGUUUCCUACGGAGAGGAUUACUUUGGCGUUGACAACUGCGAGUGCCUAUGUCAUACUUGCGAAAUCGCUGUACGGAAUGGCUGGUCUUCACAUGUUGAUACGGAGACAAACAGCAAAGAGGCCAGCCCCGUGUCUGAAGAUACACCGAGUGAAGACAGCAAUGCGAGCAGGAAGCGUGGACGCAGCUCGGAUGUGGAGGAAUCCGACAGCUCCUCUACCUUGGCUUCUUCCACCCCGCGCAAACGUGCAAAAUUCCAACGACAAGUUUCUAAGUUGCGAGAAGGGAUCUCAGUUUCCGAACUUACUGCGGAACCAACGCCCGGAUCAGAUGACAUCCCUAUCCCGGACACUGUACUGAUUCCAGCUACUCUUCUGACGGAAGCUGUAGCCCAGGUGUCCGAGCCGAAGAAAGAGAUCAUAGAGCGAACCGCAAUGACAUCGCCAACUAAUUCACAACCCUUCAUUUCGGUUGUCACAGGGGAACCAAGCGUGGCUGCCCAAGCCGAUCGAAACGGGACGAAUAGCACUAAUUCUACUAUCCCCACAGACUGCGAAUCUCCAAACUCCACAGCCGAUCAACCUCACCGCUCGUCGACGUCAGCUACAACUGAGGACGACAUAGGAACCAAGAUCAAGACAGAAGAAACUAUAUUAGAACCGUCUGAGUCGAAAGCGCUCAACAGUGAGGAUCAUCCCGAUGUCUCUCCUGAAGAUGACGCCCACGGCACCAUUGUGAAUAAGCCUAAAAAGCGAAAGCCUCGCACCAAGCGGCGAUUCAUCAUGGACUCCGUCGAGACCGAGUCACAGGUUGCUCGAGUCCCUGGGGACUAUACCAAGACAUCACGAUUGCUUGCCCAGAAGUACGACCGCUGGGUGGAGUGCCAGACCUGUGAUACAUGGUUCCUCCAGUCAAACUCAUACCUCACGCGACGUGAAUGUCCGCGCUGCGAACGUCAUUCCAAGCUCUACGGAUACCAGUGGCCAUCAACGGACAAAAGCCCGGAUGGUGAGGAUCGAGUAAUGGAUCACCGCACUGUCCAUCGUUUUUUGUCCCCCGACGCACAAUCACGUAUCUGUCGCCGAGACCGCGGCGUGAGUUUUGGGAUUACCCCCACCCCCGAGCUGUCUGACACAAACACCCCAGAAAGGGAAAUCAGUGAUUCAACUGAGUCUCACCGCGAUGCUCGGGCAAGUCGGCGUCGUACUAGAGAACUUCGUAUGGCGUUUUAA